UGUGAUUGGACCAUUUACCCUGUGACCUAUUCCCGUCGUGCACCGCUUAAGGUGAAGGCAGCGGCAGCUGGAGUAGCAUGUUGUGUCCCUAGUGACACCUGAGAGGAGUGUCAGCGAUGGCGAACCAUCUGAGAUUCAUCGCCCGUACAGUGCUGGUACAGAGUGGGAAUGUGGACGCAGCGUACAAGGCUCUAAACAGGAUCCUUACUACUGACGGGAUCAUUGAGGAAGUGAAGCAGAGACGUUAUUACGAGAAGCCGUGUAUUAAGAAAAGGAGGAUCAAAUAUGAGACCUGUAAGCGCAUCUAUAACUCUGAGAUGGCACGGAAGAUCUCAUUCCUGAGCCGGAAGACGCGGCAGGACCCCUGGCCGGGGUGCUAGAGUAACGGUGAUACAGCGGGACGUCUACGUGUUCUGUGGUUGGCUGCACCUGAUGUCGCUGCCUUGCUGCCUCCCCUCCUGCGUCACUGACCACCAUGGAUUAUAUUGUCAUACUGCAUCAUUGUGUGUCUGGGCUCCUGUGAGAUGUGUAGAUCACUGAAUAAAACCAUUUUCAUAUUA